AUGGGUAGCAGCAGUUCAGAGGAAUCAGACAUCAGUGACUCAGAGAUUAAUGAGUACAAAGAGAAACCAUAUGAGCUGCCGAAGGAUGGAACUUACAAGAUUAAGGGCCCGAAUGGCUCCUUCAGAUGCCCAUUUUGUGCUGGCAAGAAGAAACAAGAUUAUGAGUUGAAUCAUUUACUGCAGCACGCUAUUGGGUCUGGCAAGGGCACAGCUAGAAGUGCGAAAAUGAGGGCUAAACAUCUUGCCCUUGCAACCUUCUUGGAAAAUGACCAAGGCAUCCAACUCCAGUCCGCUUUGCCUUCUGCCGCCAAACCCGAGCACUAUAUCUGGCCAUUUUAUGGGAUUGUGACCAAUGUCCAAAACGAGUCAAAGAAUUUCUCUACAGAAGAGGAGUGCAGCUAUUGGAUGAAGAAGUUCUCGAGGUACAGGCCUUCGACGAUCCAAGUAUUCAGAGAAGUCGAUCAAGUCGUUAUGAGAUUUGACAGCGAUAGCUAUUUGGAUGCUAUGGAGUUUGAAAAGUGGUUUCAAGCUCAGGGGCAUGACAGAAAGGAAUGGGAUGACUACAAGUCGGAAGGGAUUGUUGGGGAUUACUUGCGCAGUAAUGGGGAGUUGAAGAUGAUCUCGGAGCUUACCAAGAAGCGGAAUAGUAUCGUGAGUGACCUGGUCGAGGAGAUUGACUUGAAAAACGAGAAUUUGUGUCAGCUGCAAAUAAAAUACAAUGAGAAGACCCUUUCGCUCACUAGAAUGCUUGAAGAGAAGGAUGAACUUCAUCACACUUUCUGUGAAGAAACAAGAAAGCUGCAACGCAUUGCGCGGGAGCACAUCAAGCGGGUUCUCGUCGAACAAGAGAUGCUGAACUUGGAGCUGGAGAAUAAAAAGCGGCGUCUUGAUUCUUGGAGCAAAGAAUUGAAUAAGCUUGAGGCUGCAACUGAACGCGAGAGACUCAAACUUGAAGAGGAGAGGCAAAAGAACGACAAGAGGAACAUUUCUCUCCAAAUGGCUACGGAGGAGCAAAAGAAAGCAGACGAGAACGUCCUCCGGCUGGUUGAAGAUCAGAAGGUGCACCGGAAAAAACACAUACUUCACCCCAUUCAAGGACCUGAUCAACUCAUCGAGUAUGACAACAAUACUUCUAGUCAUCUUAGAACAACCAAUGAGUUCAGAAUUCAGCUCGUUCCCGAACAAAAGAUCAAUAAUUAA